CCUUUGUUGUCAUGUGAACGGCCAGCACGGGGUGGGGUCUUCUUCUGUCGGACUGGGAGCAGGGCCACGGGUCUUCUCAAUCACCUCUGUCAGUGAGGAGAGGUGCCGCUGGUUUGAUGUAGAUGGCUGGGAUCUUACGGCGAUGCUGGCCCUCUUGGCAGCUCGUCAGAGCGGUUGUGAUGAUCCGCUGCGAGUGAGGAGAGCCGAAUGUACGAGAAGGAUAGUAAACUUAGAAUUGAACAAAGACCGGGAUGUGCAGAGAAUCCAUGGAAGUGGAAUUAAUAGCCUUGACAUUGAUCCUGUUGAUGGAAAAUACAUGCUGUCCGGGGGAUCAGAUGGCAUAAUUGCAAUAUACGAUUUGGAGAAUGUCACUAAAAAACUACAGUAUACGUGCAAGGCCAUUUGUACAGUGGGCAGGUCCCAUAGCCAUGUGCACAAAUAUAGCGUGGAGACUGUUCAGUGGUAUCCUUGUGACACUGGCAUGUUUACAUCCAGCUCGUUUGAUAAAACUUUGAAAAUAUGGGACACAAACAGGCUUUUGCCUGCUGAAGUGUUCAGCUUUGAAGGAACAGUUUACUGUCAUCAUAUGUCACCAAUUGCAACCAAACACUGCCUGAUAGCUGUUGGUACCAAGAAUCCUAAAGUACAGCUUUGUGAUCUUAAAUCUGGAUCCUGCACUCACAUUCUGCAAGGCCACAGAGGUGAAAUAUUAUCUGUGAAAUGGUCACCACGCUAUGAGCACAUCCUUGUAACAGCGAGUGCUGAUAGCAAAGUUAGGAUCUGGGAUGUGCGAAAAGCUUCUGGGAGUUUAAUUUUGCUCGAUCAACAUAAUGGUGAAAUUGCUAAAUCAUCUUCAGAGGCAGCAAAUACUGCUCAUAAUGGACGUGUUAAUGGUCUGUGCUUUACUAGUGAUGGGCUUCACCUUUUAACUAUUGGCACAGAUGAUCGCAUGAGACUCUGGAAUAGUUCCACAGGACACAAUACUUUGGUAAAUUAUGGAAGGGUAUCUAAUGAAAGCCGUAAAGGUCUCAAGUUUACCGUAUCCACUGGAUGCAGCCCAGAUUUUGCUUUUGUUCCUGUUGACAGUUGUAUUGCUGUGUAUGACAUCUACUCUGGACAACUGCUAACUGAACUCCGAGGACAUUAUAAUUAUGUAAACUGCUGCACAAUUCAGUCUGAUUUCCAAGAACUUUACAGUGGUGGCAGUGAUGUUAAUAUUUUAGCGUGGAUUCCUGAUCUUGGACGAACAAGUGUGGAAAAUGAUGAACCUAAAGGGUCUGCAGUUGGGACUUCUCAGAGCCUCACCUUCCAGGAUGAUUGGAGCAGCAGUGAUGAAGAAAACUGAAAUACAGUUUCCUGUCUCGGAGCAUCAAAAAGCUCUUAAUGUCGAUUGGGACCUUUGCUGUCUCGCGUGCUCAUGCUGGCAGCAACUACAAUGGCCUGUCAGCCCGGAUCCUCGACAAAAUUUUAAUAAUUUGGCCGAAACUUGGCUAUGUUUUGGAGUUUUACUGUGAUCUGUCCAAGAGUCCUGUGUGAGGCUGUGCAGCUGCCCUCACUCAAGUAGUGUUCCCCAAGCUCAGUCGGUGUGGUGAGGGUGUCGACUCCAAUCGGAAUAUCCUGUAAUUCAUAAGCUCCACUUGCCACUUUUUCUAAUAACAAGGCCAGCUGUAGUGUCUGCUCAAAGUCCAGUUGUGCUUCAGCUAGUAGACACUUUUGCAUGGUCACCCCAUUUAUCUCUCAGCAUCUCACUUCAGGUUAAACCAAAAUCUCAUGCCUCUGCUAGUAAUCUUAACCUCACCAAAUAUCACAAUACAAGUUCCCCUAGUUCUCGAACUGUCAAGUAAAACCGAUAGUGUCUCAGAAUUAGAGAAGGCUUGUUCAUAAUAUUCCUUAGCUAAAUCUGUUAACUCUUGAAAGGUAUUAGUGCGUGGUACCUCAGGGAAAGUAGGCUCUUAACUGAAAAAGCUGCGGGUCCACAUGCUGUCAGGAUGAUUAAUUGUCGCUUUUUGACUACCCCAAUAGCAAUUGCCUGGAAAAAAGUAACGCCUUCUUUCCACAUACUGGGCCAAAUCAACGGCAGGAUCAAACAAGUCAAGCUUCCCAAAUAGUAGCAUAAUGCCAGAAAUGCGUACCCCAAUUCACAGACAACUAUUGUGAGUGAAUCUCUUCAGGGGCCUAUUUUUCUCUCACUGCUACUGAAAUAACUCCAUAAGGGCCAAUAUCCCAUCACCCUUUAUUUACCUGUGCAUAGUACAUGACACUGUCCUAGCUAGCGCAGAUCCAGUUCCUAGAUUGAGUAGAACCCCUGACGUUCCUGUUUGUUUUUAUUCCUGAGUGAAGAGGAUGCCUGACACUCGGGUUUAUUUUUAUUUUUUUUAAUUACCCCCCACACUCCCGCGUAACUGCAGUAGUGCUUAUUAUUUUUUUCCCCUAGCACCCAUAUUGUGACGUUCCUCUUUGUACCUGUCAUCUAUGAUUCCCUGAUUGGGGCUGUUAACCUGGUCCAGUCAGGAAACUCCUAUUCUAUGAAAUCCACCUGACAGACUUUGUUCCAGUCAUGAGACUUAUCGUAAAAGCGGUUCCGAGCAACACUGAUCUAACAUAAUUGCAUUUCACAUGCAGCUUGAUGGUGAAAAGUGUUUAAGACUGAACUUUUAAAUGCAAAUAAAAUAAAACAAGGAAAUCAUGGAAGCUUUGAACAGAUAUUUUGCCUAUUUUAAACAAGAUAAAAUUUCUUGAAAAUCCAAAUGCAAAGUGGAGAGAGGAAAGUAAAACAAUUAUCAAGGUCAUGGAUAAGCUGCUGGAGAAAUUUGUACUAUCUAAUAUAUGUUAUAAUCUUCCAAAAUUCUUUAGGGUUAGGAUGGAUCUCAACAGAUUGGCAAUUCGCAAAUGUAGCACUCAUUUAAGAAAGAAAGGAAGUGGGAAGCUUCCAUCAUUAAGGAGGUUUCAGCCAGAUACUAAGAAAAUCACAAUGGGAUCAGGAAGAAUUAAUGUGAUUUUGUGGAAGGGUGUCAAGUUUAAUUCAUUACAGUUCUUUGACAAAGCAAGAAAUAAGACAGAUAAAAAGGAAUCUGUAGUUGUUGCACAGAUGAAUUUCCAAAAGACAUUUGAUAAGGUACCAGAUGAAUUGAAUAGAGAAUGGAAUACAAUAAAUAUUAAAGUUUAGUUCACAAAAUAACAGCCAGUUGUGUCGAGAGUAACAUUCACGUUGAUAAGGGACUGGUUAGGCAACCGGAAACAAUCAAGAUAAAUGUGGCUUUUCUUGGCUUGACAAGCGAUAAUUUGUAAGGAUCAGUUUUGGGACCACAAUUACUUUCAAUCGAAAUCAAUGUCAUGGAUAAGGGGACCAAAUAUAUGGUAGCAAAAUUUACUGCUCAUGACAAGAUAGUGAGAAAAAGAAACUGUUAAAAUGAGGUAGAUAGCUGUAAAAGCAUAUAUUUAGUUUAUGUUCAUGGAGUAAUGAAAUGACAGAGUAUAAUGUAGGAAAAAUGUCACAGAAUGAUCAAUGUUGACAAAGCAGAAUAAAGCCCUUUGGCCCAUUGCAUCACCCCAGUCAAAAAUGACCACCUAACUAUUCUAAUCCUUUUUCCAGCACUUGGCCCAUGCCCUUGCAUGCCUUGGUAUUGUGAGGGCAUAACCAAAUAUUUCUUAAAUAUUAUGAGAGUUUCUGCUUCUACCCCCUUACAGCCAGUGACUCCAGAUUUCCACCACCCUCCAGAUGAAAAAGUGUUUCCUCACAGCUCCUGUAAACCUUCUGCUCCUUACCUUAAAUCUAUGCUUCCUGGUCAUUGAUUGCUGUAUCAAGGGGAAAUGGUUUUUUUCCCAUUAACCCUCUCCAUGCCCUCAUAAUUUUACACACCUCAUCACGUCCCUUCUUCCACCUCCUCUGCUGAAAGGAAAACAAUCCCAGUCUGUCCAAUCUCUCUUCAUAGCUGAAACUCUCCAGUCCAGGAAAUACUCUGGUAAACAUCUUUUGGACCCUGUUCAGUGCUAUCACAUUCUUCCUAGAAUGUGAAUUCCAAAACUGCACACAGUACAUCAGCUGUGGUCUGACCAAUGUUUUACACAAUUCCAGCAUAACCUGAGUGUUUUUAAGCUCUAUGUCUUAAUAAAGGCAAGAAUGCCAAAUGCCUUUUAAACCACUUUUUAUUGACCUAUACUACUACCUUAAGGGACCAGUGACAGAGGUUUUAAUAUAGAUAUGGAAGGAUCUUGAUGCACUGGUACAUUCAAUCACAAUGUUAGCAUGCAGGUACUACAAGUCAACAAACAGGAAGACAAAUGCUGUCUUUUAUUCUGAGAGGAAUGGAAUGUAAAAACAGAAAAACGUUUAGUAAAGAUGUACAGGGCAUUAAUGAUAUCAUGUCUGGAGUAGUGUAGAGUUUUGAUCUCCUUAUUUGAAUAAGAUGAUAAUUGUGUUUUGACAGCAUUCUCCAAAUAUUUCAAUUGUUCUAAAAUUUCCAUUGCUGAAUGUAUCAAUGAGGGUCAACAGACUUAUUCUGUGUUUUGUGGAGGUUAAACAUCUUUGAGUAUGCAAAUCUUCAGUAAUACUCAAUGUUUGAAUAUUGAGAGUUAUUUCACCUGUUUUACUUUGAAACACAAUAAAAUACAAAAUUAAAAUGUUUGUUUCAGGAUAAUAAAAGCAGCUGUUAAGUA